GCACAGAUGGAGGCCGGAGCAGAGCGCCACGAGGCGAGCAGAGAAGAGUUACUUCACACCCCGCCGCGCCGCCGCCUAUAACGACCUCUUCACGUGCCCUAUCUUUCUCCCCGCUCGCUCACGAGUUCGUCCUCUUCUUCUUCUUCUCCAUCUUCCACCCGAGUCUAGGUUCAUCUCCUCGAGCGCCAAGGAAACCACCAGCCGUAUGGACGCCAGGAAGAAAUCGCCGCCCGCAACCGCCGCCGGAACCACGCCGGCGGCGGCCAACGGAUACUUCAGCACCGUCUUCGCCGCGUCGCCUCUGGCAAAUGCAAAAGACGCGAAGCAGACGGACCUGUACGCUAUGUUGAACAAGCAGAAUUCCAAAGGGCAGAAUGGCGGUGGUUUUUCAGGUAAUGGAAAAUCCCACACUUCUACUAAAGGUCGCACUACGUGCAAGGAUGGAAAGCAUUCCUAUCCAAACGAGUCAUCAGAGUCUCCAUAUUUUGGCUCUUCUGUGCAUUACGGUGGUAGGGAGUUCUAUGGUAACACUCCUCAAAAGCAGGGCGAUGAAUCACCUGGAGAUCAUAAGGAAGAGAAUCCGGAUGGCUCACUGGCUACCAGAGGUGAUUGGUGGCAAGGUUCACUCUAUUACUAAGUACUUUGUUGAGGACUCUCCUUUUGUGAAACAAGAAUUAAAAGGAGCGGUCCCAACUGGUUUGCUGUAGAGCUGAUAUGGGUCAACAGCUAUCAAAAGUCAUAGUGGGGCGACAUCUGUUCUACCAGUGGAGGCAAUAUUUGGAUGCGUCAGCUCACCUGGCAGAUGUAGUCGCGUGUGUAUGUUGUGUCCUUUUCCCUUUUUUCCCCCUUGCCAAAUGGUACGGCACCAACAGGCAGCCCUUUGUUUUCCUGUUUCUUUUACCUGAUGAAAUGUAAUGAAAUGGUAGGGCAGCAACAAUAGCCCUUUUGUCUUUGCUGUUCUUAGUUAGCCCAAUUCUAAAAAAAUGAUGUGCAGCUGUGGCGUAGUUAGCCUAAUUCGGAAUAAGUUCACAUUGGGUCCCUCAAGUUGUCACGAAGUAUCAAAAUCGUCCCUCAACCACAAUACCAGAAAUGUUGGCCUUCGAAGUUAUGAAAACCGUUCAAUUCAG